AAUAAAAUGGGUUGGUGUGUUAUGUGUGUACACAAAGUGAUUAGGCGGCGGCCAUAGACAGUUCGACGAAGGACACAGCUUUGCUUUGGGAUGAGCAACGAAAUUCACCCAACCAUCAUCCGCUUUUCAUCAUCUUGGAGUCGAUAAGAACUGGAACUGAAGAUUUGUGGCUAUGGCUACUCCGCCUGAUGGUCCGCCGAAUUCCAACGACGGGAACCCCCAAAACACAGGUUCGCCGGCAAUACAACCGCCUAAUGUUGAUAAGCAAGUAGAGCCUGCGAAGGAUAGCGCUCCCACGUCAGUAUUUGUGAACUCAGAGCCCAUUCGAGAAGAUCAGGUACAGAAUGCGGUCAAGUUUCUUUCGCAUCCUAAAGUUAGGGGGUCGCCUGUUAUGUAUAGAAGGUCAUUUUUAGAGAGGAAGGGUCUCACUAAGGAAGAAAUCGAUGCAGCCUUUCAACGUGUUCCUGAUCCGACCCCAGCAGCUGCAACAACGCCGGCAGUUGCCACAAAUCAAGACGGUCAGGGAAGAUCUUCUGCAAAUGUUCAACAGCAACAUUCGACACAAGUGCAGCAGUCUAUGUUGCCGGCAGGCAGCGAUUCUAAAGUUGGAAUGUUCUCUCGUUUCCGCUGGUAUCAUGCUCUUCUUGCCGUAGGUUUCCUGGCUGCAUCUGGGGCUGGUUCUGCUCUACUUUUCAAGAAUGCAAUAUUACCCAAGUUAAAGUCAUGGAUUCGGAAUUCUGUAUUGGAAGGAGAUGAAGAGGAUAAGCAAAAGCAAAAGAAAGCAAAACCCAGCGUUGCAGAGGAAGCUGCAGCCGCAGCAAAAGCUGCUGCAAUGGCUGCUUCUGAUGUAGCUCGUGCAAGCCAGGAAAUGUUAUCGACUAAAGCUGAAGAGAAGAAGUGCCUUGAGGAGCUCAUCAAUGUGCUAAAUGUGCAAUUACGGGAAAUGAGAUCAAUGAGCAGCGCAAUACAUAAGCUGGAAGGAGGGCAAAAUGUGAACGGGAGAAUGUCCAUGGCGGAUCUCGACUACCAAAGGAUGUCGGCGAUGAAUUCAAGGCCACGAUAUGCCAAUGGUAGAGCAGACUCUGAUUCACGAUCAGUGAGAUCUUUAUCCCCACCAGCGCCUGUCGAACCUUCUGUUGCUCCUCCUCAGAAAUCGUACAUGGAGCUGAUGGCUAUGAUACAAAAUGGUGAAAACCCAUUCAAUAUCAGGGAUACCAACGAUGCGCUGCCAAAUCCACAUUUAGCACAAAAACCCCAGACAUGGGAGGUAAGUCAAGCUCCAAUUGGCGCGGCAAACACAACUCAGGCGAGUAGCAACGGCGUCACUUAUGAGCUCCCGGACAACAACAAUGGAGACGAUGCCGUGCCCUGGUGGCAACGGAAGAACGUCAGAAUCACAGAAAUGGACGAUCAGAAAUCCGGAGGAGCGCCGAUUCCAAGGUCGUCGUGGGUGCCUCCACAGCCUCCUCCGGUCGCCAUGCCUGAGGCGGCAGCUGCCAUUCGACAGCCAAAGAAAUCUUCAUAUCAGACUGAACAAAUGACUGACGAGCAGGUGCUCGGCCGUUCUGUCGAUGGAACCGACGAGCUGCAGAGAAUCACCAGAAUCUCCGAAUCCGGCGGCGCCUCCUUGGAGAAUCACGGCGACAACUCUGGGCUCGACUCCAUUGAUGCUCAAAACGAGUAAGUCGAACCUAAGGUACUUUUUCGACCGUAUAACUUUACAAAAAAGGAGCUUAUUCGUCGCGAAUGGAUGGGAUUUUAUUACUUUUAUCGAUAUCGUGAUAUAUAUAUAUAUGUACGCUCUUCUGUUAAUAUAUAUUUUGCGUUUUGUCUCCUUUUUUACAAA